CCCCCUCUCUCUGGGUGGAGUAAGUGGGCGGGGUCACAGAGGAAGCAUGUCAGACCAGUGAGACAUACACAUACACAUACACAUACACAGAGCAGUUGGAAGAAGCAGAGAGACAUACACUCCGUGUGCAGUGUGAUUCAGCGUGUAUGUGUGUUACUGAGUAGUGAUGGUAGCAGAGGAGGUGGUGGUCACUCUCUCAGGAGGGGCUCCAUGGGGCUUCAGACUGCAAGGAGGAGUAGAGCAGCAAACACCACUACAGGUGGCCAAGGUGCGACGGCGCAGUAAGGCGUGCCGGGCCGACCUGAGGGAGGAGGAUGAGUUGGUUGCCAUCGGCGACCAUGUCUGUGCAGAGCUCAACCACGCUCAGGCGAUGAUGCUCAUCGACUCCCAUCGACACACUCUCAACCUCAGGGUCAAGAGGUCUGGGUUCCACUCUGUGGUCCUGCCGGGUCGGAUACACACAGCCACACACACUGACGGGCCUGCCUGCUUCACCCUCACCUCCCCCCCUGACAGUGAGGCCUAUUAUGGAGAGACGGACAGCGAUGCGGACACACACACACACCGCCGCCAGCGACACACUCCUCCGGAUGCGCGCUCUCCCGGUCGCCAGCAGGAGGAGGCGGAGACUUCGGAGAUAAGCGGGUAUGAGAGCGCUCCAGAUGGGGGCGUUUCCCUGCAGGGGACCUGGGAGCAACUACCCACACUGGGAAAUGGGGGGAUCCAACAGUGGGAGCAACCAACGGGAUCAAGAACAGGGGGGUUUCAACCUGGAGUACCACGCAGGGAGGUGGUCUACCAACCCCAAACCCAACCCCCGCAGGCCCGGCCAGAGUGGACCCACCCAGCCCGGCCCGUCCUACACCAUGCGCAGGGGGAGCCGGUGGUGGGAGGAGAGGUGGAGGGAGACAGUGGGUUCCAGGAGGCAGGGGGGGGUGUGGUUCUGGCCUGCUCACCCCUGGUGUCUCCAGAGCGGGCUAGAGGAGCCAUGAUGCUGGGCUCCAGCUCUCAGAUGGUUCCCAUGGUGGGCGCCCAGCUGACCCCUCUCAGUGAUGAACUGUCUGCUACGUACAAGGAAAAGGCCCGGCAAGCCAAGCUGCAGAGAGGAGAGAGUGUGGUAGACAGGCAGGUGAAAGAGGCUCGUACUAAAUGUCGUUCCAUCGCCUCCCUGCUCACCGACGCUCCGUACUCCAACUCCAAAGGAGUUCUCAUGUUCAAGAAGAGACGCCAGCGUGCCAAGAAGUUCACCCUCACCUGUUUUGGCCGCGCGGAGGGGGAGGUGGGUGCUGAGACUGGGGGAGAGACGGAGGGGGAGGUGGGUCCUGAGACUGGGGGAGAGACGGAGGGAGAGGAGGAGGAGGGGAGUUCCUUCCCCUCGGGUUCAGAGGUGGAUGAAGAGGGCUUUGCUGGAACCUUUGACCCCACCUGGGACAGCGAAUACCUGGACAUGCUGGAUAGGAGGAGUUCUGCCUGCCCCUCCACCUAUAACUCAAGGCCCCAAACACCAACUAAUCAGAGCUCAGGGUUGGAUUCCUUGGCCUAUCAGAGCCCAGAGAUGAACAUGUCAUUCAAUCAGGGGUCUGAGAUGAAUGCCCCAGCCUAUCAGAGCCCCGGGCUGGACUACAUAGCCUAUCAGGGGAAAGAGACAAAGCAGUAUGAGCAGCAAAGGAAAUUGGCCACUCCUGUCACCUACAACUCUGCCCCUAACACCUCCCUGACUGCAAGUUUGUCCAAUGGGGGCUCAGCAGGGAUGAGUCAGGCCAGUGUGGUUCUGACUUCCCCCUCUCACACCCCUAUCCCCCCCCAGCCUGACCUAAACACUAACCCUAACCCGCCUGGGGGAAUCCAUAACCGCACGGCACGCCCCUUCACCUCAGGCCUCGCCCCAUCUCGCCCCCCUGCCAGCCGUGUCAUCUUCCGACCCGUCCAGCCCACUCCUGGCUUAACAAUGGUUUCCAAACCCACUGCUGCGGUAUCCAUGGUAACCAUCGCCCCCCCUCGCCCUUCAGGGGCGCCCGAGGCCAGGAGAGCGGUCUCCAGUACCUCCCUCUACAUCCCCCCUAGACCUACUGAAUCCAUCCUCUCUCCUCCUCCUCUUGUUCUCUCUCCUCCAUCCUCUCAUACCUGCACUCCCUUUCAGCCUUUCCCUUCUCCCUCGGUCCAUACUGCCACCUUCUCUCCUUCUUCUGACUGCUGUUCUCCUUCUCAUUAUCCUCCUCAACCCACCCAACACUUCUGCUCCUUGACUGCUCCUCAACCAUUCUCUCCUCCUCCUGCCCCCAUUCAACACUUCUCUACUCCUAGUCAACCUUUCUCCCCUCCUCCUCCUCAUGCCCCAGUCUAUCCAUCCUCUGCCAUGGCUGCCCAGCCCUUCUCUCCUCCUUCUUCCUCUAAUCAACCCUUCUCUCCAUCCUCUGCCACACCUUACAUUCCCUCCCUUGCUCAGACCCAACCCCCUCCUCCCUUGACCUUCAACUCCUAUGUCUCUAUGACAAACCCUGCCAUGGUGACCCCCUCCACUGCCCAGACCCCUGCCUCUGAUUCAUUGUCGUCCCGUGAGCAGCGUAUCGCCGUCCCCGCCUCCAGAACAGGCAUUCUCGCGGAGGCGCGUCGUCGCAGCAACAAGAAGCCUAUGUUCCGUCCUUCUGUGGAGAACAAGAAGGACGUGUCUCCCAACCCGGCCCUGCUGGAGCUGCUCCAAAACCCGGAUGCACCGACCAGGAUAGGCCCAGGCCCCAUGGGGCCUAGUGGAGGAGUUAGUGGGGAGGCUGGAGGUGAGUCAGGCCCUGAAGAGGACUGGUUGAAGCUGGGGGCUGAGGCCUGUAACUUCAUGCAGGCACAGAGAGGCUCCAAGCCCCCUCCUGUGGCCCCUAAACCCCAGCCUCCUCCACAGGCACCCCAGCUAGCAGGGAAGGGGGGUCAGCUGUUCGCCCGUAGGCAGAGCAGGAUGGAUCGCUAUGUGGUGGAGACCCCCUCCUCGCCCCAACCCGGUCCCGGGCACCCCCGCCAGCCCUCUCCCACACCCUCCCUCCCCUCUCAAUUCAAAUACUCCUCCAGCUGCAGAGCCCCCCCCCCCAUCAGCUACAACCCCCUCCUCUCCCCCUCCUGCCCUCCCCAGGCCCAGCGCCAGAGGGCGGGGGUAGUAGGACAGGGUGGGGGUUCAGCGGGGCAUAAAGCCGCCCCUGGGGGUCAGAAGGCUCAAGGCAUCAAGGCUCUGGACUUCAUGAGUCACCAGCCCUAUCAGCUAAACUCCUCCCUCUUCAGCUACGGGGGCGGGACUCCCCAGGGCCAAAACAAGAUGCCACGUGUGUAUGAGGUCAAACGUUUCUCCACACCACCUCCCACAGGCCCCGCCCCUACUGUCAUCAUCCCACGGUCAGCGACCACACUAGGAGAACCGAUGUGGAGGUCUGAUGUCAUUUCUCUUCCCCCAACAGCCACUUCCUGCUACCAAUCACUCUCUACCCCCCCCUACCAACCUCAGCCCCAGUGGGUCCCUCCUACUCCAGCCCCCACAGGCCCCCUCCCGCAGCUCCCGAGCUUCUCCUCCGUCCAUGUCCCUAACCCUAACCCCUACCCCUCCCAGGCCCACGCCCCCCAACAAGGUAACAGUCAGUUUAAGAGUGCCCCUGAUCUGAGCCCUUUGGCCCACACCCCACCUCGCCCCGCCUCCACGCAGCCCUCCAGAGUGCCUCGCCCCAAAUUCAGCACCUCUAACUUGGGUCUGCAACCUAGCGUCUGGCGCCCCGGAUCCCCCAUGACCUAAGACAACACACUAUAGACUGGCUCUGGAGAAAUCCCAGCUUGCAAAUUUGGUUCCUUGGAAGUUGUGGGAACGUACGUUUUUGGUUUACCAUUGGUUCUGGGAACGAAGCCGGUAAAACUGAAAGUUUUUUAAACAUUCUGAUAACGGAAGUAAACAUUUUGCCUGUUCUGGGAAGGUACGCUUUUAGUUUGCAGGGAGGUUUUGAGAACAUUUUAUUCUGGUUCCCCUGAAAGUUUUCCUAGGAGGUUUUGUUAUCGUUCUUAGAACAGAAAUGAUGGGUUCUUUGAAGGUAAUUAAAUCAAGUUUUGAGAACAUUAUCUAAAUGUUGUGAAUGUUUUAAACAAAAUGUUAAGGUUAUUUCAAUAUGAUGGAAUAACUUCCUUAACAUUUUCACUGAAUGUUUCAAUAAGACUGCGAGAAUAGUUCGUUAAGAACUCCAAGCACAGAUAAGACAAAUGGAAAUGUAUUUGCUAAGGCAUAAAUCACGCAAACACAUGCAUUUUUUUAUUGUGGCACGGUGUCAGUGAGAUUCAAACCUAUGAUCUUCUGUUCUCUAUCUAUGAAAUGAAUCUACUUCGCCACCAGGAUGGAGCUAGCAUGUUUUUUCUACUUGUUUAAAAAAAACUCAUGUUCAUUGUAGUCUACACAAACAGACCCCAUUUCAAAGAAAACAAACAUUCAUUCAAGUGUGGCCAAUUAUCGGGCACGGCUAACACACCUGAGGAGAGAGAGAGAGUUGACGCGGAAUGUAUUUGUUUUAAAACGUUAUUAAUGUUUUCUUGUGGUUUUUAGCAAACGUUUUCUUAAUGUUCUGAGAACAUGACUUUGAAUAGAAACAUGAGCAAACCUUCAGACGACGUUAUGCUGAAGUACUAAAAAUCCCGCAGGAGAAUAUUGUUUGUUAACGUUUUCUGAAUGUUCUGAGAACAUGACUUUAAAUAGAACCAUGAGGAAACCUGUAGGAAACAUUAUUCUGAAAUAUUGAAAUUCCUGCAGAAGAACGUUGUUACUAAACAUUCUCUGAACUAUUUGAAAACAUUCCCAGUUGGAGAACGUUCCUAGAACAUUACCAAAAGUGUCAUUAAAUGUAACCAUGUUUCAACUUUUAGAAAACAUUUAUUUAAAGUAACGAAAUACCAAGAAAAUAACGUUAUUUCGUCAAGUUCCUUAAAUCUGCUCGGAAUGUUCCAAAGCCAAGCAACCAUCCUGCACCAUUCCCAGAAUGUUGUGCUAAUGUUGUAUGCCAAAUAACCAUAGGACAACUAUGAUCUCACGUUUUGGACUGACAAACUAUUGGUCUUUGUCAGUCCAAAAGAGAUGUUAGUAUUGUGCAUUGCAUAAUUUACCUAAGAAUGAAAAUCAGAAGUCUAUCCACUACUCACCUGUUUGAAUACUUUGAAGUGUCUUUGGUCUGGGGUUUUCUUGAUCACAUUCUUUAUUUUAUAGACUUCCUGUUUGGACACCAUUGUAGCUCUUGGUUCACACCAGCCUUGUCAUCACCAUUCCUUCUUCUGAUAAUUUGACCUCCUCUGCUUCGCCUGAUAAAAAAUAUUAUUUGAUCUAGUUGAUAUAGUUGAUAUAGUUGAUAUAGAAUAUAGUUGAUAUGUAUGAAUAUAUGAAUAUGAAUGUAAAAUAAGUAUUUUAUAACACGAUCUAAAAUGUCAGACAAAGAGAGCGAGAAACACGGAUAGGGAGAGAAAAUGGGACUUGAUAUGUAGUUUAAUAAAACAAAAUUGAAUGCGUUGGGAAUGACAGAAUAAAGUUGAAAAUAAAGAAGGAUAAACAGAUAAAAGUGAGGAUGUGCUAAAGAGAGAUUGAGCAGAGGAGAGAUGGAGGAGAGGAGAGAUGGAUGAGAGGAGAGAUGGAUGAGAGGAGAGAAGCUAGAACAUCCGUCCUAAGACAAACUGUAGGCUAAUGCUGACUUGUAAAAGGAUGGUCUACAUGCCUGCUGUGUGCUUCCAUUGUGACUUUAGCUAAGGGGCCUAAUACAGUCUCGGGGAGUGCAGGAGACCGGGGUUCAACAUCCAGUUGGUCACAUGAAGGCCUGAAUCUGAACCAAAGAGCUGACUCUAUAGGAGAACAAUACUGUACUCAUCUAUGAAGCUACCAGCACGCAGUGCCAACCUCCUCCUUUUUCAUGUUAUUUUUGUCAUGAUUAUUGUGAGUAUAUUAUUAUUAUGAAUAUUAUGAAAUAGCCUGUGUUUUUCUUUCUUGCUUCAUAUAAAUGUGUCAGUGCAUUGCACAGUAGUACACUCUGUAUCAGGAUGUGUUUGUUUGGUGGUUUUUCCUUUGCCUUUCCCACUUCCUUAUUGUGAUAAGAAAGGGAGGGGAGGGAAAGGAAGGGAGGAGAUAGCAGGGAGGUUUUGUCUGAUUGAUGUGAGAGCUGAGCUGUUCAGUUGGUGUUCUGUAGUUCAGAUGAAUAAAAAACAGAUGUGAAACUC